GAUACUCACUACAUCCACCUCCCGCUACUCUCAUACACACAGACACACACACACACACACAUAGACACGUACACACAAACAUCCCUGCUCUCCAAGCGUAGUAAACACCGAUGGUCUUUACACUCAUUCAUAGAAAAGCAGUGGUCUUGCAGCUCAUUCAUAAAAAACUGAAGACUAGUGCCAGAGGUUAUGAAUGAAGAAAAUGUGGAGCUUGUAUUGUUUACAUAUACUGGAUACACAAAGUGGAAGAAAAGAAAUUCAAGUGCUGUUUAAAGUUUACUAACGCAGGUAAUAUACAACGAUUACCGAGCUGGUAAUACAGGAAGAGCUGGAUCAAGGAGUUACGUUCAAGGAAGCGGAGGUUCCUCGAGGAGGCAUUCAAGGGUAAGAAAAUUCUUCAAGACUCAAGGAAAGUUUUUUCUUUAUUUCCAAGCCAACAAAUUAAGUGAGAAGUUUCCACGAGUCAAUACUCAAGAGAGAGUUGGGUUCCUUGUUUAUCAUCCGCGAAUAACGAUAUCGGAGAGGACUGCUUUUCGUCUUCUAGUGGAAAGACUGAAUGUGGAUAUGUCAUGGCGACAAGAGUGGAUCCUCUCGUUCUCAUCUUGAUUUGCCCAGUAUUCCUGUCGUGUAUCUCAGCUGAGGACGUCAACACCGCCCACUUCUACAAUAACAUCCCUCUGCCCACCACUGAGCUCUACAUCCAUCCAUACAACUUCACUGCCGAAUCAUCAACACCUUACCCGAAAACUUUAUCUUACAUCUUGAGGGAGAAGUUGCUGGAGGAGGAUAGAGCCUACGACUUGAAGGUCCUUGCUAAUGGCCACCAGGUGUCUAUUUAUCUCCUGCAAGGAGACGCGAAGAGGUUGGUGUUUCCUUUCGGCGUCCGAGGUCCUCUCACUAUCACCAUCACUCCCUGCGAUUCUCCUCUCUUCUGGAGACUCUCUCUGCGUCCUCAUACUCUUAUGUCUUCAGCCUCCAUUACAACCUCUUACGACACUGCCGUAAAACUCGAUUCAUCAAUUUUUAAUGCCACAGAGGAUCCAAACAGGACUCAAAGCCCCAGUGAGCAAAAUGACGGAAGCCUUCACUCUAGCGUGAGAAACUGGUUUAGUGAACUUCACGACGCUGCUUCCGAGACUUCGAGUCCAUUGAGCAACAAAACAGUUCCACUGUUAGGCUAUUCAGAACCUGUAUCUAGAAGUAUAAGUAAAACGAACAUGGGAAGAAAACAUAAAAAUAGCAGAGGCAAGACGAAGAAAACAAAUGGCUCCAGAAGAGUGAGAGUUGACAUAGGAGGUGCCAGCGGUUCACGUAAGACAGGAAAAAAAAAGGAAGAUGAAACACAGGAAAGAGAAAUGUUAUUAAAAGAGUACGAAGGUCACGAUACCCAUCAGUACAAACAGAGGACAGCGGCUCCAGGGCUCUAUGUGUUGCAGCUGGAGGGGAGGGGCGGCUCUACCCACGUGCACGUUCAAGCCUCCACCAGCUGGCUGCCUGCCCCACCCACCACCCACAUCACCGUCACCCGCACACCCACGCCCACGGGCAAGGCCGUCACUCUCAGAUGGACCAGCAGGGGUGGCAGCAGUGGGUACUGCCUCGCUGUCAGCCAAGGCCGCCCAUUCCCGUCCUUGUGUGCCGCUCGAGCGGCCAACCCGCCCACUCGAUACCACGGCCCACACCGCCAACGUCGGAGGUCUCUAGUGGCGCUGGGCUGCACGGAGCGCCCAUGGUUUACUCUCCCUCACCCGCCCCGCCGCCCAUUGCAUGUAGUGGUAUGGGCGGAGGGCGGUGCCGGCCCACCCCUUGGAAGAGGAUUCAUCCCUGCCACCCCUAAGAGGACAGUUCCCAGGCUAAAGUUUGGGUCCGUGCUGAAGCUGGUGCCAUCAGCCAACGGCAAGGUUAAAGCCAGCUUCCGCGCGCGGAAGGGCAAGCAUCUCCUGCACGUAAUGGCUGUGGCAUGCGGUGCCAAACUCCGGCUACGGGUGGAGUCACAGAGUGGGGAUAGAGUUGCUAGUGCUGUGGGAGGAAUGGGAGCCUUGCACCUGGUGGUCAGAACACCAAAACCCGAGGCUCUUAUUCUCACCCUGAAGACCUAUCCACCCGGGGCGGCAAAUAAAGUCCUCUUGGCGGCCGCCCACGCCGCCCGCGACCUGCCUCUGCCACGCCUACCUCGUAACACACGAGUGCGGGUGGCGCGGGUAUCCUGCUCCUCCGCGACCUUCAAGUGGUCAGCGGCCCCAGGAUCUCUAACCUACUGUCUCCUCCUCCAGGAGGAUACGAGCGGGAAGGAGUGGCGCUCUCGGCCGCCACUACAGUGCGGGUGGGCGGCGGCCCUGCGGCGAGUGGAUCAUUAUGCGGCCUGGUGGUGCGGUCCUCCCACGCCCGCGAGCCGCCAGCGGCACACGCUAACUAACCUCACGGCUUCAACGGCGUAUAUCGCCACGGUGGUGGUGCGCCACCCCGCUACGGGACAUACACUAUCAUUUACCCCCGCACACGUUACUACACACGCGUGUCACGCUUAGCACCACCGCCUUCAUUAUAAACACUACCCUCCUCACUAUCAUCACACUCUAAACAACACGACCGCCAUCACAACAAAAUCCACAACCGCCACCGCCUCCACCACCUCCACCACCUCCACCCCCUCCACCACCUCCACCAUCACUAUCUCC